AUGUCUUCAUCUUGGUCUAAUAGUAAUGGCUUUGAUGUUUCACCAACUUUUGAUGGGAUCAGUACUCUUCUAGAGCGAAUUUCAAAGCCUCCAGAACUUACUUCUUGGUCUGAUCGCUGGAUUUCUGCUCUGCUUGCAAUGUCUGCUUACAAUAUGCAUCGUGAUGGAAAUCAUCUUGACACCGACAGGGGGUUUCACCCAUUAACGUCACUAUUGAACUGGUGUUUUGAGGGGAUGAAUACUGAGGACAAGAAAAGAGUGCAUGAAGAUAGGAAAUUCCAUCUCACUCGAAUCCGUCGCACAAUCUAUGAUCUUGUAUGUGGUUCUACCAUUGUCCUACACCAUCCUGGUGCAACCGCACCAAACACUGACCUCAGUAUGGAGAACAUAUCAGCAAACGUGUAUCUCAAUCCCAAAGUCCUUUAUGACCUCCCAGAACUGCAUGUUGUUGCGGCAGAGCUUGUCCAAAAUUUCAUCGAACGGUGGGCUAUUGUAAUCGCACAGAAAUUCAAGGAGCAGCGCAUUGCACAUCAAUGGAAGCAGGAUGUAUUAGAGCAGCAACCACUCGCUUCUGCUCCACACAGGGACUCGCAUCCUCUCAUCCCCCAGCCAUGUGAUGUACCAUCAGGCUCUUGCUUUGAGUUCAUUGGCCGAGCGCCAGGUUCUCUUGCACAUCCUUUGCUUUCUCAUUUCCCCCAGACAUCAGGAGUUGCAGCACCAAAGAUAGUCACAUGGCGUCUUCAACAGGUCCUGCUAUCUAAUUGA